AUGGCGGCGGCGGCGGCGAGCGGAGCCGGCGGGGCGGCCGCGGCCGGCGCGGGGGCGGCGGGGCCGGCGGGCCGCCUGCUGCCCCCGCCCGCCCCGGGCCCUGCGGCCGCCCCAGCCGCUGUGCCCCCGGCGGCCGGCUCGCCGCGGCCCCCGGCGCCGGCCUCCCGCGGGCCGGUGCCCAUCCGCAUCGGCCACUACGAGAUCGACCGCACCAUCGGCAAGGGCAACUUCGCGGUGGUGAAGCGGGCCACGCACCUCGUCACCAAGGCCAAGGUUGCCAUCAAGAUCAUAGACAAGACACAGCUAGAUGAAGAAAACUUGAAGAAGAUUUUCCGGGAAGUUCAAAUCAUGAAGAUGCUUUGCCACCCACACAUCAUCAGGCUUUACCAGGUGAUGGAGACAGAACGGAUGAUUUAUCUGGUGACAGAAUAUGCUAGUGGAGGGGAAAUAUUUGACCACCUGGUGGCCCACGGGAGGAUGGCGGAGAAGGAGGCCCGCCGCAAGUUCAAGCAGAUCGUCGCCGCAGUCUUCUUCUGUCACUGCCGGAACAUCGUUCACCGUGACCUGAAGGCGGAGAACCUGCUGCUGGACGCCAAUCUGAACAUCAAGAUAGCAGAUUUUGGCUUCAGUAACCUUUUCACCCCUGGGCAGCUGCUGAAGACCUGGUGCGGCAGCCCUCCCUAUGCGGCUCCCGAGCUCUUCGAAGGGAAGGAGUACGACGGCCCCAAAGUGGACAUCUGGAGCCUGGGCGUGGUCCUCUACGUGCUUGUGUGUGGCGCCCUGCCGUUCGACGGGAGCACGCUGCAGAAUCUGCGGGCCCGGGUGCUGAGCGGCAAGUUCCGCAUCCCGUUCUUCAUGUCCACAGAGUGUGAGCACUUGAUCCGCCACAUGCUGGUGCUGGACCCUGGCAAGCGCCUCUCCAUGGAGCAGAUCUGCAAGCACAAGUGGAUGAAGCUGGGGGAAGCGGACCCCAACUUUGACAGGUUAAUAGCUGAAUGCCGACAACUGAAAGAAGAAAGACAGGUAGACCUUUUGAAUGAGGAUGUCCUCUUGGCCAUGGAGGACAUGGGACUGGACAGAGAGCGGACACUACAGUCGUUACGGUCAGAUGCCUAUGACCACUACAGUGCGAUCUACAGCCUGCUGUGCGAUCGACACAAGAGACACAAAGCCCUGCGUGCCGGAGCGCCUCCCAGCAUGCCCCGGGCCAUGGCCUUUCAGGCACCAGUCAACACUCAGGCGGAGCAGGCCAGCGCCGCCAUGAGCAUCAGCGUCCCCCAGGUGCAGCUGAUCAACCCAGAGAACCAGAUCGUGGAGCCGGAUGGGACAGUGAACUUGGACAGUGACGAGGGUGAGGAGCCUUCCCCGGAAGCACUGGUGCGCUACUUGUCCAUGAGGAGGCACACGGUGGGCGUGGCUGACCCACGCAUGGAAGUCAUGGACGAUCUGCAGAAGCUGUUCCCUGGCUUCCCUGGGGUCAGCCCGCAGGCCCCACUCCUCCAGGUGGCCCCCAACAUGAGCCUCGUGCACAGCCCGCUGCCCGUGCAGCCUCUGCAGCCGGCGGGGCCGCUCGAGUACAAGGAACAGUCCCUCCUACAGCCGCCCCCCCUUCAGCUGCUGAACGGAAUGGGUCCCCUUGGCCGGAGGGCAUCGGACGGAGGAGCCAAUAUCCAGUUACAUGCCCAGCAGCUGCUGAAGCGCCCGCGGGGACCCUCCCCGCUUGUCACCAUGACACCAGCAGUGCCGGCGGUCACCCCCGUGGACGAGGAGAGCUCGGACGGCGAGCCGGAUCAGGAGGCUGUGCAGAGGUACUUGGCAAAUAGGUCCAAGAGGCACACGCUGGCCAUGGCCAGCCCUGCGGCCGAGAUCCCACCGGACCUGCAGCGGCAGCUGGGACAGCAGCCCUUCCGUUCCCGGGUCUGGCCCCCUCACCUGGUACCGGAUCAGCAUCGCUCCACCUACAAGGACUCCAACACCCUGCACCUCCCUACCGAGCGCUUCUCCCCUGUGCGCCGGUUCUCAGAUGGGGCCGCAAGCAUCCAGGCCUUCAAAGCUCACCUGGAGAGGCUGGGCAACAACAGCAGCAUCAAGCAGUUGCAGCAGGAGUGUGAGCAGCUGCAGAAGCUGUAUGGGGCGCAGAUGGACGAGCGGGCCCUGGAGCAGACUCAGCAGCAGCACCUGCUGUACCAGCAGGAGCAGCACCAGCAGGUUCUGCAACAGCAGAUGCAGGAUUCCGUCUGCCCUCCUCAGCCCUCUCCACCUCUGCAGGCUGCAUGUGACAGUCAGCCCGCCCUCCUCACCCACCAGCUCCAGAGGUUAAGGAUUCAGCCUUCAAGCCCACCGCCCAACCACCCGAACAACCAUCUCUUCAGGCAGCCCAGCAGCAGCCCGCCCCCGAUGGGCGGCGCCAUGGCCCAGCCCCACGGUGCUGCGUCUCCGCCUCAGCUCCAGGGCUUGCCCCCCCGCAGUGCCAUCUUCCAGCAGCCCGAGAGCUGCUCUCCUCCUCCCAGCGUGACCCUCACCUGCUUGGGCAUCCAGCAGCCGGCCCAGUCACCGCAGGUGACCAUCCGCGUACAGGAGCCCGUCGACAUGCUGAGCAACAUGCCGGGGACCGCUGCGGGCUCCGCGGGGCGAGGCGCCUCCAUCAGCCCCAGCGCCAGUCAGAUUCAGAUGCAGCACCGUGCCAACCUGAUGGCCACCCUCAGCUACGGGCACCGGCCCUUGUCCAAGCAGCUGAGCGCUGACAGUGCCGAGGCCCACAGCUUGAACGUGGAUCGGUUCUCCCCUGCUAACUACGACCAGGCGCAUUUACACCCCCACCUGUUUUCGGACCAGUCCCGGGGUUCCCCCAGCAGCUACAGCCCUUCACCAGGAGUGGGGUUCCCUCCAACCCAAGCCCUGAAAGUCCCUCCGCUUGACCAGCUCCCCACCUUCCCUCCCAGCGCACAUCAGCCAUCUCCCUACACCACGUCAGCCCUGCAGCAGGCCCUGCUGUCCCCCACGCCGCCAGACUACACCAGACACCAGCAGGUGCCCCACAUCCUCCAAGGACUGCUGUCCCCCCGGCACUCGCUCACCGGCCACUCGGACAUGCGGCUGCCGCCGGCAGAGUUCGCGCAGCUCAUUAAAAGGCAGCAGCAGCAGCAGCAGCAGCAGCAGCAGCAACAGCAGGAGUACCGAGAGUUGCUCAGGCACAUGAACCAGGGGGAUGCAGGGAGUCUGGCUCCCGGUCUUGGGGGACAGAGUAUGACGGAGCACCAGGCUCUACCGUAUCAGAAUGCUGACUCCUAUCACCACCACAGCCCCCAGCAUCUCCUGCAGAUCAGAGCGCAAGAAUGUAUCUCACAGGUCUCCUCGCCCAGCCCGACCCACGGUUACGCCGCGCCGCCGGCACUCCUGCCCCCGGAGAGCAUGGAAGAGGAGUGCUCGUGCGAGGGGCCCAAGGGGGGCUUUCCGGACAGGAAGGGCUCCAGGGCGCUGGCCAAAGGCUGUCCGGACAGCCCCCUGCUCUUGAGCACUGGCGGACCUGGGGACCCCGAAUCUUUGCUGGGAACUGUGAGCCACGCACAGGAGUUGGGGCUGCAUCCCUACCGGCGUCAGCCAGCUGCUGCAUUCAGUAGAGAGAAGGUGUCCAGCCGAGAAUCUGUCACAGGGAACUGCAUGGACCGGAGCUCUCCAGGACAAGCAGCCGAGCUGCCGGAGCGCGAUGGGCUGGGGUACCCGGCACGCCCCCCGGCCAGUGAGCACUACAGGCCCCGGACGCUCCAGAGACACCACACGAUCCAGAACAGUGACGAUGCCUAUGUGCAGCUGGACGACCUGCCUGGGAUGAGCCUCGUGGCGGGGAGAGCGCUCAGCUCGGCCCGCAUGUCGGACGCCGUCCUCAGUCAGGCCUCGCUCGUGGGCGGCCAGCAGCUUCGCGACGGGGACGACGAGGAAUUCGGGGACAGUGUAGGAGGUCACGAGCACGCAGACCUGACCGAUGGCAGCCAGCAUCUGGGCUCCUCUCGCUACCCGUCCACGUGUAUGACAGACAUGCUGCUCAGCUACAAGCACCCCGAGGUCUCCUUCAGCAUGGAGCAGGCAGGCGUGUGACAGGAGCCACAGUUUGUGUACAGCUCGGGAUGAAGAGUGGACUUCGAACCCACAGCACCCAGCAGCAUCCCCGGGUCGCCAUGUGUCUCCCCCCAGAUGCCGGCUCCUCCCCCACGUUGGCUUCACUGUGUGCUGUCCCUGGGGCUCCGAGGGACAGAGCCCGUCUGCUUGUACGACCAGGUCACCGAGGAAAUAAACAGGAAGUCACGGUCGCCACCUCUUGUGAAAGUGUAUUCGGUGUAUUUCAGUUGGUGGUUUGGUUUGGUUUUGGUUUGGGGUUUUUGGUGUUUUCUUUUGGAGGUGAUUGUCUUUCUUUUUUUUUACUUUGCUUCUCUUUCUUUUUUUCUCUUUUGAGAACGAAGAGCAGAGCAGAGUACAGAGGCCAGGGGACCCAUAGCCGCUCCCUCCCCCCAUCCUGAGGGUACCCUCCAGUGCUCUGCAUUGCUCCUCCAGGAGCAAAACCAAAGGAUACAGCUGCCGGAGGCUUAGGGCUGGGAGGGCACGGGAGGGGUGAGGCCUUUGGCCCUUGGGGAGCAAAAGGAGCAAGCCCGAGCCCGGAGCCUGGGAGCCCUUGGUUGCUGGGACCCACUGAAAAGCGGUCUGGUCCAGCCAAGGUCCUACCGGAGUGUGAGCCUGCGGCUGGGCGGGGCCCGUGGUGGGCGUGCGGCUCGGUGUGAGCUCAGCUCCCUGCUUGUGACCUGGGCAGUUGGUCGCCUUACCAUCCUGCUGGCUCUGCCCGUGGACCGGGCACGCCGCGGGCACCUGUGCUUCUGUGCCUCUUACAUUCUUCUUGGCGUCGUGCUCCACAAAGGGUCGUCCCCCCGCACUGCCCCACACCGUCCCGUCAGCCUCCGUCACAGGCAGGAGACGCGGAGGCUGUCGGGCCUGCCCCCGCCUGCCCUCGCCUGCCCUCCUCCUCCCGGCAUCCUCAUUCCCUAUUUUAAUUCUUGAUCAUGUAGGAAUUGUUUUCGUAAAUGUUGAUAUUAUUGUUAUUAUUAUUAUUAAUAAAAACAAGGAAUUUUUGUUUAAAAGAGAAAUGUUUAACCAGAUUCUGUUCUAUUUGAACUGUGACUUGCACCUUUUGUUCAGAGUACUUUCUGCAGACGCCGCGGCCGUGGCCAGCCCUCCCCGUGCAGUGCAGGCGGGCCGUCGCCGCAGCGCGCGGUGGUGUUUGUGUCAUCGUCUUUGUUUUCUUCACGUUAGAGCCAGAGUCCGUGUGCUGGCUGGGCUGACAGAGGGUCUGGCUGUCUCCUUCGAUCUUCAAAACAAAAGGGAUGUUAAAUAUUCUGGCUCGUGAUCCUGCUUUUCUGGGGAAGGAGAGUAAAUGCCCCCGGUCCCUACUGGUCUUUCAUCCGGAACUCGCACAGAAAGAUGUGAGCGCCCAGUGUGGCCGUCGGCGGUCAGAGAAGGGUCCCCGUGGCGCUGGCUUCUCUCCGGUACUGGCAGCUCAGCUCUCGGCCACUGCCCUCGAUGGUCUCCGCAGUGCAAGCCUUUCUCGGGGUGUCCCAUGCUCCGUGGUCCCCGUCACCCUCCCCUUGGGGCCACCAACGACUCACCAGAAGGGGGCCACCGUGAGGGCCUGGACAGCUGCUGUCUGACUUCUCUGGGCUCCUUCACCUCCAGUCCCCGCCUGCCGCCCAGCCCGCCUGCUGUGUUUACAUGGAGCUGGGCUGGCGGGAGAGCAGACUGCCACCCUCCAGGGCGCCAGACGGCAGCAGCGGGCCUACAAAUCGUGCCAUCUUGCGAACUACACUUUUAAAAUCAUUGCUUUGUAUUGUAGUAACCCAUAUGUGCAGUAUAUGUUGAAUGUAUAUUAAUAUACUUUCUUAAUUCUGUUCUUUGAAAAUGUCAGAAGUAUUUUUUUCUUUUUCAUUUAUGUUGAACUAAAAAAGGAUUUAAAACAUCUCCAGACCAAGUUGCGGUAAGACCUUGAGCCCCUUUUCGUGGGCACUGACAGCUUAGUAACUUAAUUGGACAGCAGGGGAUUGUGGAAAUAAAAGACCGAUUGCCGUCUCAUGCUGACGCAUGGUUCGCUUGUGGUUCCCAGUCUUGGGAGAGGCAUCCAGGCGGUGGCGACGGAGACUGGCCACAGGAGCGGGGGCUUGA